AUGAAUGUGUCACCAAAGAAACCAUCCUCCAAGCAAGGCAUGGGUAGCAGCAGUAGAUCCCGCAUGCCCCCAUGGACGGUGCUGAAUUUCAGUGGUCUGAUUCUGAAUUUGGCCAUUUUCUCGGCAACCGUGUUCACAUACCAACGGAUCCUUGGAUCGACCCAUGCCACUGUGCCGUGUGAACCCAACGAUCAUGGUCCACCAUUGGCUUUGGCAGUCACAGUCAAGCAACAAUCAUCUACCACUGCUCGCAAUAUGGAGGAUAAUGACAAAGACAAAGACGACCCAUUAAUGGUAGCUCCACCUGCUUCCUUUGACCCGGACCAGGAAUUCCACAUUAUCUUUAGCACGGGAUGCUCGGUCAAACAGAAUUGGCAGUCGUAUGUGCUGUACCAUUCUAUUAUGGAGUCGGGUCAAAAUGGACAUGCCACCCGCAUUGCUUCGGGAUGUACGCCCGACGAAGUAAAAGCCAUUCGCAAGAUUCACACCACCCAAAUUGAACCCAUGGGGAGACGAUCACCUACGGCACAGUCGUCGCGGUUUCAUUUACAUUUGACACCCGAAUAUGGACUCGUCAAGGAACCAGGGCGAAACGAUGUCCGGUUUCAUUAUUUAAACAAACCAUACGGCGUGGCGCAUUGGAUGGAGGAAGAAUUGGGAUAUUCCAACAACAAUCCAACGAUUCCGGAGCAUGACGAGACCAUUAUUAUGCUACUCGAUCCGGACAUGAUCUUUUUGAGACCCUUUGUCAAUGACUUUCAUCAAGGUCCCGAAAUUUGGAGAAAACGCACAUCCUAUCCCCUCCGUCAUAAAGUAUCUCAUGGAUUUCCCUUUUCCCAAGAGUACGGAUACAGUACCACGUGGUAUCACGGAUUAAAGGAUGUCACCAAAGUAUUUCCUCCCUCGGAACUGCCCACACCGGCCAAGCAAAUGACACCCGCUGAGAUUCAAGAAAAUUAUUCCACUGGACCUCCCUACAUGGCUACCGGCAGGGACUUUUACAAGCUCGUGGAAAAGUGGAGGCAACUAUCGAUACCGGUACAACGAGAAUUCCCCGAUACCAUUCUUGCAGAAAUGUACGCACAAGCAUGGGCGGCAGCACAUUUAAAAUUGCCUCAUCAACAGGCACAUUCCUUCAUGGUAUCGGCUCAUUUCGAAGAAGGCUUUCAUUUGUUCAACGACAAGACCAAGUAUCCGUCCAAUCAAAUGUGCCGUGGCAGCAACAUACCCAUGUCGCAAAAGCCACACAUACUACAUUAUUGUCAACGAUAUGCCAUUGGCAAGUACAUUCUCGGCAAACACCGACUCCCCCAAGACUUUGUGGGAUCCGUCGAUAUUGCAGCGACAUGUGCGUCCCCGCUCUUGGCAGAACCACCCACCAACAUUUCGGUCGUGUACGAUUUCUUUAUUGACCCCGACAAUAAACAACGCACGACAUUCAACGAUGGUCACGCGUUUACCAAACAAGACUAUGCCGAUCGUAUUUCAUUCAUGUUGUGUGAAAUGAUUGGGGGGUUGAAUCGAGCCGCAACGUACUUUAAGGAACAACAUUGUGCCUCUGUGGGUGCCGCACCCAAUUUGAACAAGAGUCUCAUCUUUCACAAUACAUUGGACAUGACACCCGAAGAAUUAAGUGGAAAAAAGACGAAUGGAUAA